UGCUAUGCAAGAGCUAGGCAUUGCUAUUAUUUUAGGGAACGGCAAGAAACAUUUUGUAACUGGUGAUUCCGAACAAACAAACAAACAAACAAACAAACAAACAAACAAACACACACACACAAAACAAAUGUCUAUAUGAAAAGUGUUCAGAGGUUUAGAACAUUAGGAUCAGCUCAGUAGGGAUGGAUUAGUGGGCAGAGUGCAGAUAAAACACAAUUCAUCGUGGCGUCUCAUUGUUUAUCGUGCAAUUUUCUGGCACAAUUGAUCUCUCUACCAUACCCAGAAUGUAGAGUGGGGUGAAAUUUUUCAGUUGAAGAUUUUCAGGGUAAAAUAUACAGAUUCAGCAACACAGUUAGUGCUUCACAAAUUCAUGUCAGAUUUGCUGUACUGUGUUGUUCAGGAAAAAAAUCUCACACAAAAUAAUUCUGCAAAAAUCAACAUACAUGUUUUUGGCUUGAAAUGACAUUUCAUUUCAAAAUGUCCUGUACUUUUAUUUAUUUUUUUUUAAAUUAGAACCAUUAAAAAUGCUUGAAAUCAAAACAAAUAUUUUGUUUCAGGGUAAACAAAAUGUUUCUUUGACAUGUUUUUAUUUUUAUUUUUUUAUUUUGACAUUGAAAAUUUUGAAAAAAAAUGUUUUCGGUUCAACUCAAAACAAGUUUGUCGCCCCAGUUUUUUGGAAUUGCAAUGAAACAAAAAUUUCUGUUAUUCACACAACUAUAUAAAUGUCUUUGCUUGUUUAUUUAUAAGUAUGAGUCUUGAUGUUGUACCAUGGACUUCAUUAUUCACCAGUCAUGAGUGUGGCUGUAACGUCCUUCUCCUCCCCCCACAGCUUUUCUAUAAAGGCAUGAACUGAAACCAUGGAGCAGAGGAAUCACAUGGUGGUGACGGAAUUUGUUCUCCUUGGACUUUCCCACUCUAGACAGAUGCAGCUUGUAUUUUUUGUCCUGUUCUUACUGUCCUAUGUGGCAAUUGUUCUGGGCAAUCUCCUCCUCAUCAUUGUCACCAUAAAGACCGAUUCCUGUCCGACCUCACCCAUGUACUUCCUCCUCUGCAACCUGUCCUUCAUUGAUCUCUGCUAUGCCUCUGUCACUUCCCCUAGGAUGUUGGCUGACCUGCUUUCCCAGGGGAAGACCAUUUCCUUCAAUGGCUGCAUGGCCCAGCUCUUCCUCCUGCACUUCAUGGCAGCAAAAGAAAUGUUCCUGCUGACGGUGACGGCUUAUGACCGCUACGUCACCAUCUGCAAGCCAGUGCACUACAUGUCCGUCAUGAGCAGGCUCACAUGCUGCAUGCUGGUGGCCACUUGUUGGGUGGGGGGCUUUGUCCAUUCCAUUGUGCAGACCAUUAUUACCAUCCACCUCCCAUUCUGGGGUCCCAAUAAGAUUGACAACUACUUCUGUGAUGUGCCCCCUGUCAUCAGACUCGCCUACACCAAUAUCUAUGUCAUUGAGUUGCUCAUGGUCUCCAACAGUGGCCGGAUCUCCCUGGCUUGCUUCCUGGUGCUGCUUGCCUCCUACACAGUCAUCCUAGUCACAGUCGGGCUUUGCCUCAGAGAUGGGACGUGGAAGGCUUUGUCCACCUGUGCGUCUCAUAUCACAGUUGUCACCUUGUUCUUCGGGCCCUGCAUAUUCAUCUAUCUACGGCUCUUUUCCAAUUUCUCAGCUGACAAGAACAUCUCUGUCAUUUACACAAUCCUCACCCCAGUGGUGAACCCUCUGAUCUACACCCUAGUGAAGGAUUCCAUGCGCAGCUUAUGGAGCCGGAGACUCACAGCAGGAGUAAAGGCUUCUACUGGACCUCAGUCUAUAACUGGUGUUUCCUUUGAGGAUGAGGACUACGAGGUCACGUAUAGAGUGAUCACUUUGUGA